AUGGCAGCUAAGGUGGUGGAUGCAGGCGGGUACACGCUGCACUUGCGCUCCGUUGCGGGGAUUGAGUCUUGCUGCUACGUGGACUCCAUCGACAUAGCGUUCGACCUGGGCUGCCUCGUCGGCCGUGUGGUAAAUAAAUCGCACGUGUUCAUCACGCACGGGCACAUCGACCACAUCGGCGCAGUGGUAGCGCAUGCGGCUCGACGAGCGCUCCAGAAGCAGAAGCCAGCCAGCUACUUUGUACCAGCCCACCUCGAGCCUCACUUGGAGAGCAUAUUAAAGAGUACGGCCGUCAUGCAAGGUGAUGCGCCGUUCCCGGCUAAAAUCGUACCGCUGCAGCCUUUCGACGAGGUACACAUAUCGGCCAAGUACUUGGUACGAGCAGUGCCGACCAAGCAUCGAGUACCGAGCCUCGGCUACAUUUUGUACGAGAAGAAGAACCGCUUGAAACCUGAGUACCGACAGCUUCCUGGCGUGGAGAUAGCAGCGCUCAAGCGGGCUGGCCAGGAGAUCACGAGCGCCGAGCUUACGCCCGAGAUCGCGUACACGGGUGACACCACCAUCGAGGUGUUCACAACGGCGGCGGUGAACGAGGGGACAAAGGAUUUACUGCAAGUGAAAGUGCUCAUCACCGAGGCCACAUAUGCCGACUCCAAGAUGACGAUCCAAGAUGCCGUAGCCCGUGGGCACAUGCACCUCGAUCAGCUCGCUAUCCACGAGAAUUUAUUUCAGCACGUGGGCUCGCUUGUGCUUGUCCACUUCUCCGCGCGCUACAGUACCGAGGAGUUGGCACAGUCCAUUCAGACCCGAUUACCGUUGUCGCUCCAGCAUAAGACGGUGCUUGGAUGCUAA